AUGUCAUUCCAGUUGUCUUAUUUGAGUGGCAAGAUUUGUAUACUUUAUCUUCUUCUGAUACGCCUGCCAGGGGAAGGCUCUGCUCUUUCUAUGCCCGUUUUAUUCUUCUAUUCUGUCCCUUCCUUAUUCACACUGCCCAACAGACUUCGAGCUUUCCGCAUUUUGCGACCAUCCCUUAAUCCUCUGAGACACGGAGGCUCGGUGCCUAGUGUGGAAGAAUGUACCUGUCCACCCGGACACACAGGAACAUCGUGCGAACGUUGCAUUACAGGCUUUUGGCGUGACCCUUCGGCCCCGGCGAUUGCUUCCAACGACGGGACAGUUUCUACUCAGUCUGGAACAGGAUAUCAGACCUGGCAAUCUACUGCAAUCUACAGACGUGCUUGCGUGGCAUGCAACUGCUAUGGACAUUCAGGCCAUUGUUACGAGAGGACUGGAAAGUGUCUGGUAGGUGAGACGGUACAGUAA